GCUCAAACAUCUACAGGCACAAGGCGAGGGCUAGAACCACAUCGCUUGACUCUUAAGUGUGUUUCCAACUGCUCCCACAUCCCGUUUUCAUUAGAGAAACCCAGACCAACAAGGAAAGGGAAAUAGGCCGCGGUAGGGUCAUUACUAUUGCUCCUUAAGUUUCCUCGCCGGUCCCCCUACCCAGACAAGGUAAAUGGAAAUCUGCAGCAGGACUCAGCUUGGUGCACACAACUCCGCCCUCGCCACACCCACUCUGCAGCGUCUGGCCCGGCCCUACCCAUCUGGGCGCCCGUUCUGCUUCCUCUAGGUUCGCCUGCGCGCCGUCAUGUUACGGCGGAACUAAUCCAGCGACGCCUGCGCUUUGACGAAUUUGGUGCCGCGGAAGGGAAAAAGGGGGACUGCAGCAUGCGUCACACCCGGAAGCUGCGAGCCGGAAGUGGGGUUGGCCAGGAGAAUCGGAGCCUUACCAUCAAACUUCGGAAACGGAAGCCAGAGAAAAAGGUGGAAUGGACAAGUGACACUGUGGACAAUGAACACAUGGGCCGCCGCUCAUCAAAAUGCUGCUGUAUUUAUGAGAAACCUCGGGCCUUUGGCGAGAGCUCCACAGAAAGUGAUGAGGAGGAAGAAGAGGGCUGUGGUCAUACACACUGUGUACGUGGCCACCGCAAAGGACGGCGUCGUGCAACCCUAGGACCAACCCCCACCACCCCUCCCCAGCCUCCUGACCCUUCCCAGCCCCCACCAGGGCCAAUGCAGCACUAAAUUCCUCUCUCCUCCACCAUUCCUGUGUCUGUCUGGCCCUGAAUGUAUCCAUGUGGCUACUUCUUCAGCCCCCUCCUUCCCUCUCUUCUGCCUGAUAGAGGAAAGAGGAAGAGGAGAGUGAACAGAGAUCCUGGAAUUCUGACUUGCUGCUAUUCCAACCCAGCCUCCUGGGUUCCCCUAGUCCUCAUUCUUCCUCCCAAUACCCACCCUUCUCUCUCAAGGGAUCUAGUCAGCUUGGUCCCAGUCUCUUCCUUUUGUUCUCACUGCCAAACUGCCUGUCCUGGGAUCUAGUUAUCUUGGCCCUGCAUGCUACAUGAGUAGCAAACACUUAAAUUGGGUUUUCAACAGUCCCAGCUUUCACUGCCAGGGUCCCAGUCAGAUUCCAGGAAUUUACACCCUAGCUUUGCUUGCUAAUCCUGGUUUAGAGCUAUCCUACUAAAAUAUUUAAUCUUAAUUCUUAGUCCUUGACUGUGAGAUAUGAGGUCUUACAGGAGACCUCAGAGCUCCCAGCCCUUCUCCUCCUGCUAACCCUCCUCACGCCCUGAAGAGGAGUUAGAAAAGAGGUCCUUGUCAUUCUCACCUCUUGCGGAAAAUGGAACAGGAAAUAAUCAUAUCCUUUCUUCCCACCCUUCUCCUAUGAUUUAGGAUUUCUGACAAAGAUGGCUUGAGAUUGGUCACUUAGAGCCAACUAUCUCCUCCGCCUUUUGUUUUUCAGCUUCAGAGACAGAUCCAAUAUAGUCCCAGGGACCUGAGUCUCUGGGAUAGGAAGGAAGAGGGAAGGAGCAAAGAGAUUGGGGUAUAUCCCCUUUACUACACUCUUACCUCUUACUUCCUAGACUUUGAUUUCUCUGCCAGCCCAGAUGUUCAGUUCUCUUGGCCCUCUCUACCCCUUACUGGGAUUUGGUUUUCAUUUUCCAGUCCUUUUGCCAUACACAGUUGCAGAGAUCAGUCAAAUCCAUACCACCACUGAGAUCUCAUUUAUUGCCACAGAUGCACAAAAUAAAUAACCCAAAAUCA